AUGGAACUAAAGAUAAUGGACCUGGCAAAUUUAGCGACUUACCGAACGGUUCACAUGAACGUGAACCACCUCUUAAAUUACGAGCGAUGCCAGGGAAGAAUGACUCUCCCGCGGACGACUCUGAAGAAUUUUCUUGGUAAUGGCGACUCGUCAGUGUUCUACCGAGAAUCUCGGCGAGCAGCAACACUAGCCUCAGUCAAUUUGCGGAUGCACAUUCUGAGCUUCGCCAUCUCUCGGAAUGUCUUGAAGCCUACCCGGUUUCGAGUUGUAUUGCUACUCUGGCAUAGCACGUUGAUCGUCCACCGAGGUGGUUGA